AUGGAGCCUACAGAAUCUUUUCAUCAGAGACGACUUGUGUCGAACUUGGUUGUUGAAAAUUUUAAAUCCUCGUCUGAUGCUGACAUGAAACGCACUCUGUUCUGGCGAUUCAGGAGACGGGACACUGAAUUUUGUGCAUAUAUACGCAGAUUACUGCAGAAUCCCCUGCUCAACUCAAUCAUGAUAAGCAUCAUCUCACUCAAUGCAGUGUUCUUGGCCUUGGAAACUGAUUAUGCUAUUAAGCUUAAUUCUUACGCAUAUCUGGAGCUGGUCGAUCUGAUUAUUAUAUCCAUCUACACCACAGAGAUUUUGCUGAAGUUUUAUGUGGAUCCCUUGAAUUACUGGAGGAGUGGCUAUAACCUGUUUGAUGUUCUCAUACUUCUCAUUGCUUACCUCCCAUAUACCAUUGACAAAAAUGACAUCAAACACUACAGAACAUGGGACAUAAUUAAUGGUUUCCAGGCACUCAAGAUUCUGAAGCUUAUCUCCUACAGCAGAGGCAUGAGGAGUUUGAUAACAGCUCUAGGCCAGACUGUGAAGACUGUGAUCUACGUCCUUGUCUUGCUGUUCCUGUUAAUGUUUACCUUUGCCAUUUUGGGUUACGGAUUGUACGGAGACCCUGAAACCGGAGACAGUAAAAACUGGGGCAACCUAGCCUCUGCCCUUUUCACGCUCUUCUGUUUAGUAACGGUUGACGGCUGGACGGACUUUCAGGAUGAAUUAGACCAAUAUGGUUUUAGUGCUAGCCGAGCCUUCACAAUAGUGUUCAUCUUGCUGGGGUUCUUUUUGUUUUUCAAUAUGUCUAUUGGAGUUGUGAUUAUGAAUAUCCAGGAUUCCACUCAGAAUUAUGAACGAGAGCUUAAAGCAGAAAAACAAGCUGCUCUUCGGGCAAAAAAACAGGCCAUAUUACAAAGACAACAGGAAGAAGUAAACAGGCUAAUGCACCAGCAGAAAACCAGUGAAUAUAAAACCUUCAGUGAAUUGGUGGAGGACUUUAAAAAGACAUUACAUCAUUCUGAUCCUAUGGUCUUAGAAGAUUUUUGUGCCAGUAUCCCAUUUAUUGAUCUUUAUUUGACAUCCCUCGAUCUUCAGGAUAACACAGUUUAUAGGUUACAAGAACUCUAUUAUGAACUAGUUGGCACGUUGAACAGCAUCUUGGAAGAUGUAAGAGAAAAAUCCGUGCUGCCCCCUGAGAAAGAUAUGAAGAGUUAAAUGUUCUAGUGUAGAAAAUGUGAUGCUUUGCCAUUGUAAAAAACAUUGUUUAAAAACAGAGCAUAAAUAUACAUAAAUAAAAAUAAC